AUGGGUGAUGAUAAGGGUAGCAUUUUCGCGUUUGUUUUUCCCAAUCAAUUGGAAAUUGUCGCAUCCGAUCCGCAAACACAUAAACGAAUAUUAACACUUUACAAUCCAUAUCAUUUUCCGAUCAAGUUUAAAGUGAAAUGUACAAAUUCACACAACUUCUCGGUAAUCGAACCAUAUGGUAUAUUGAGAGCAUCAAGUUCAAUUGACAUUAUUAUUCGGCAUGUCGCCGUAAAAUUUCAAACAAGUCUCAGUAUGGAAACAUUUCGCAUCGAAAUCUUUUCCUUGCAUAAUCAAAAGAUUUCUGGAUCAGUCGAUGUUCCUGUUCACAUUGUGGAAACUGUGCCAAAAUUCAAUCAGCAGCAAUAUCAUGAGUUGUUACCAACAACUAGUAUUGAUCGUUCCUCCGUUCGUGAUAACACGAACUCGACCCAAUCUUCACCAUUUUUGCGAGCGCGUUUCGAUGUAACUUCACCUUUAGCAAUGGUAUGUGUUGGUGCAGUUGCUGUGUGUGCGGCUGCUUUAAUGCUCCCAACUGAAGGACUGGAUGUAUCAACAGUGGUCCCGAAUUGGUUACAUCUUUCCGUCCAUCUUAAAUUAGUUUUCGCCUACAUUUUAGGCCUAAUUACAUUGGUACUACUAAGGCCAGGUUGA